GAGGAAAGUUAGUCGUCCAAAUUGCUGAUAAAUAACUCCAUCCACUGUCGUUGCAUCUAGGCAGAGCUGCGAGACGAGACCUUCCAUGGGGAAGAUGGCGUUGCAGAGCAACAACGCAGGGGCUUCUACGUCGACCCUGUCUAGGAGCCUUGGCCGCUUUGAGUACGAUGUCUUUUUGAGCUUUCGAGGAGAAGACACCCGCCAUAAUGUCGCCGGCUUGCUCCGUGAUAGGCUCUAUCUAGAAGGCGUGCGGGCUUUCUUUGAUGAGGAAGAUUUGCGGAAGGGGGAGAGAAUUGAGAAGGUAUUGGAGGCGAUAGGCAGGUCCAAGAUCUUGGUCCCCAUCUUCUCCAAGCGCUACGCGGAAUCGAAGUGGUGUCUUACAGAGGUUGCCAAGAUGGUGGAAUGUCAUGAUGGUGGGCAAGAGAGGACGAUCAUUCCAGUCUUCUUUGACGUCGAUCCCAAGCACGUACGGUAUCAGAGUGGCCCAUUCGAAGCUGCCUUUCAGAAGCACCUGACGAAAAGGAGGGAUAGCUUGAGCGACGUCGAUAGAUGGAAGCACGCACUGAGAUACGUUGCAGGAGUUUCCGGCUUUCAUCUCAAGAAUGGAAACCAAAGGGAGCUUAUCAAUUCAAUCACUGCGGAAAUUCAGAAGCUUUUACCAACCAAGAGGCUCCUUUAUGAGGAAGAACACCUUGUUGGUCUUGAGAUCCGUGUGGAAAAGAUGAUGAAGCGUCUGGACAUUGAAGGAAAAGGUGUCCGGAUCAUUGGAAUCCAUGGCAUUGGUGGUAUAGGGAAAACAACACUAGCCAAGGCCAUCUAUAACAGAAGUCAUCAUUUUUUUCAAGCUAGUAGUUUUAUUGAAAAUGUAAGGGAGGUAACAAAAUCUAAAGGACUCGUUCAGCUCCAACAACAGCUCAUUCACGAUAUUUUGAAAGGUAAACUUAAAGAGGAGAUAAAUAACUUAAGUCAAGGGGCCCAAAUGAUUAUACAGAUCGUUGGUGUUAAGAGUGUUCUUCUUGUUUUUGAUGAUAUCGAUGACCAAGAGCAGCUCGAAGCAUUGGUUGGCAAUAUGAGUUGGUUCCAUUCAGGAAGUAGAAUAAUUGUCACUACAAGGCAAGAGGAGAUCCUCAAGUUUUCUGGAUUGCAGGAUGAAGCUGUUUAUAUUCUUGACGAAUUGGAUGAGAAAGAAGCACUUCAGUUAUUCAACUAUCAUGCAUUAAGAGGAGAUGAAACCCAAGAAGAAUAUGCUAAAUUGUCCAAGGAAGUCGUAGCAAUUAGCAAUGGGUUGCCACUAAUUCUCCGAGUAUUUGGUUCAGUUUUUAAAACAGCAAAAACCUUAGAAGAAUGGCACAAACUGCUGAAAGACUUGAGACUCCGUCAACACAGCAAAGUUCAUGAACAACUAAAAAUAUGUUAUGAUAGUUUGAGUGAUCAUGAAAAGCUAAUCUUCUUGGAUAUUGCAUGCCUUCUUGUCAACAAAAGUUCGGAGGACGCCAUCCAUAUGUGGGAAGAUCAUAGGCUUUCACCUCAUGUAGCUAUAAGGAGUUUGCAGAAUAAGUCUCUUAUUAAGAUUAAUAGGGGAAUGUUUGAAAUGCAUGACCAAAUAAGAGACAUGGGAAGGGAAAUUGUUCUAAGGGAAAGCCUCCUUCAUUCAGGACUCCGCAGCAGGUUGUGGUGUGUAGGAGACGCAGUGGACGCUUUAACUAGGUUUCAGGAGAACAAGAUUGAAGGGAUCAUUCUCAACUUAUGUGAGGGUAGCGAGAUCGAGUUCAGAACUGAAGCCUUUGCAUUGAUGUCUGAACUUAGAAUUCUCCUUGUCAACUUUGCUAGCUCUGGUGAUUGUGACUUUAGGCAUUUACCUGCAAGUUUGAAAUGGUUGGAAUGGAAAGGAUGCCUCUUGGAAUCACUUCCAUUUGAAAGCAAGUUUAAAAGCAUUGUGGUCCUUAACCUGUCUCGGAGUUUUAUCAGUCAAUUGUGGAGUAAAACAACAAUAGGGUCAGGCUCAAAAUCCGCAAAAGAGGUGUUUGGUCGACUAAAAGUUCUUGACCUCUCCUGCUGCCAUUGUCUCAAUGCCACUCCCGAUUUCGCAAUGGCACCAAACCUAGUGAAGCUGAUACUUGAUGAAUGUAGCAACUUGAAAGAAGUUGAUGAUUCAAUUGGGUUUCUAAAAAAAUUGGUUUUUCUUAGCAUGAGGGAGUGUGUGUCCUUGGAGAAGUUACCCAACAAAAUACAUGAGUUGAGUUCCCUCGUAGUUCUCAUCCUCGAAGGAUGUAUCAGGCUUGUUGCUUUUCCACAAUUUCCACCAAGAAGUUCUACCAAUGGCCUUUCUAAUCUCAAGGAGCUCAUUUUGCGAGAUUGUGAAAGCCUUGAAUUUAUUCCUCAGGUUCAUGAGUUUCAGUCUUUAAGAAGCCUGUACAUAGAUGGUUGCCAAAGCCUUGACCACAGAAGGAAACAUUUGUUUGAGGAUGUGGUAUUUAGUGAAUGGGAUGAACUCAGCAUUGCUGGAAGUCAAACAUUAUCUUGGGAGCAAGAAUUUUCUUUCAUGCUUCCCAUUGGUUCUAUUAAUGAUCCCUUACUUCUACAGCAGCUACAGUGCCACGGCUAUGGUGAUUCAUACAAGAGCAGAACGAUGAUAUUACGUGUUUGUCAUGAAGAUAUUAUAAAUGGUUGGGUCGUCCUAGAGACUGUACAUGAAGCCCAUUGUGAUGAUUCCAUUUAUGAGGAUGGUGUGUAUGGUUACUGCUAUACAAUUAAUUUUGGUACGAAUGAUAAGAUAAAUGAGGCCCCAAGGGGCAAAACAAUAAUUAUGAAGGUAACAACUUCAUACAAUUCUAAGCUAACAAAAGUUGAUGUCAAACUUCAGAAAAGAAGCAAGUUUACUGGUGAGAACAUGAAGCCAUUGAUCAACAUAUCUAGAAGGGACACUUUUAUGAAAACACCUACUUCAGUGCAACCAUCAUCACCAAUGAAACCUGAACUUGAAUUCACCAUAUUCUUCAAUCUUUGUGAAGAGGAUAAACUUGAUAAUAUCAAAUAUUUGUCGGGGCUUGAUGACCGUAUAGCUAAUAUGUUAAGGCAACUGGAUGUCUACUACACAGUCAACAAGGAACCAAUGCUGCUUUUUGGCUGGACUAUUGAGGAACUUAUUAUCUUUACUCUGAUUUUUAGUGAUAUCAAUGUCUCAUGGUAUGAGGUAGGGCACCAAAUAGGGUUGGUACAACAACCAUGUGCAAAGGUUUUUGACAAACUAAAGGUCCUUGAUCUCUCACAUUGUAAGUUCCUUGUUACGACACCUGAUUUUGGCCGAACCCCACAAUUGGAUAUGUUGAUUCUUGAUCAUUGUGAAUGCUUACUUGAAAUUGGUGAAUCCAUUGGACUGCUGAAAAAUCUCAUCUUUCUCAGCAUUGUUGGAUGUGCAAAACUACAUGUACUUCCUUGUGGCAUUUUGCAACUGAGUUCCCUUCAACUACUCAGCCUUGAAAAAUGUUCAGAAAUCAAGAUCCUACCAGAAGCAAAUAUAACGGAUGUAAGUUUGGAGUCUUUACAGGAGCUCAUACUUGAUGAUUGCACUUCAUUAUCAGGACUACCAGAAUAUGUUGGUCGGUUCAGGAGCCUGCGUCGUCUAUCCCUGAGAGGCUGUCCUUCACUUGACCAGCUACCAGAUUCUAUUGGAAAUUUGGUGGUCUUGGAGGAGCUCAUACUUGACGAUUGUCCUUCAUUAGCAAGUCUACCAGAUUCAAUAGGUAACUUGAAGAGCCUAUACCGACUUUCUGUGUUUAGGAAUAGCUAUAAUUGUCGGGUAGUCAGGAUACCAUAUUCUAUUGGAAAAUUGAAAUCUUUGAAAGAGUUUAUUUGCAAGAAUGCACUUAUACCUAAUUCCAUUCAAACUUUGGAGAGCCUUCUCCAGUUAUCUUUGGUUGAAUGUGAAAUGAGUAAUCAGCCAGGUUCAAGAACAUGCCAAGCAUUAUGCUGUAUGGAUCCCAUGAAGUUUACUGGAAACAUGAAGAAUCUGCAAUACCUAACUCUGAAUGGUUCUAGCAUACCAAUUUCCGUGGGCAGCAUGAAGUGCUUAAAGGAGCUGGCACUCAUUGGUCCACGAGUAAGACAGCUGCCUAAAUCAAUUGGGCACUUCAAGAACCUUUCCUGCAUCACUUUGGAGCGUUGCAUCUAUGUACAAAGACUACCAGGUUCCGUCAAAAGGAUGAAGUCCUUAAGAGUGCUAUGUCUGGAUGAUUGCAGAAGUCUUGAAUGCAUCCCUCAACUACCAUCCGGCCUAAUGAAAAUGCAAGCUACGAACUGUCAGCUGUUGUGCUCAACAUCUGAUGUAUCAAACUUGAUGGCAUUGAAGGAGCUGAAUGUAGGAGGGUGCAAGAAGCUCGUCAACGUCCCUGGCUUGCAGAACUUGAGAUCACUAAAAGUCCUACAUAUGAAUGGCUGUGGGCAUCUUGAUCUCGAUUCAAUUAGGUUGCAGUUGGAGGAGGCAACGUUCCAUGAUCUGGAGGCAUUCAGCAUUUGCAAGGAAUAUCAGGACAACGUCGUCAACACAGUAUCUCUUCCCUUUCCAAGAGGGGGGCGCAUGGGCAGGGAGCCCCUGUAUGUUGAAAAAAUCAUUGCCAGUGGAGACCAGCCUGAGUUCGUCCCUUCUCGUCUCCUUGAGAUCAAAGUCUCAAAAGAUAGUGUGCUAUAUGUUGAUGCUGUUGAUGUAGGCCCCUACAAAAAUUCAUACACAGCAAGUUUUAAGAAGGAAGAUGAGAUCAAUGAGCAGCUAAGGGUGAAGGCAGCGAGUAUCGAUGAAUCCAAUGGGGUAGAAAUGCUGUGCGUAUCAUGCUCACUACCUUUCUCGCUGCGACGAGUGGAUGCAUGGUUUCGUCAAUCUCUCACACCAGAACCAGACGAUGACCUUGCCACUUCGAUGAUGUGAAUGGAUUAAUCUCGCCCUCUCAUGCAUGCCUGGUCUUCUGUAAGAAAGUAGUCCUUCAAUCAACCUUCUGCUUGGAACACAUGAGCAAAUCUAUUUUACACUAUUUGAACAAUGGGAUCAUGUUAUAUCUCCCUUUGACAGACGGUGCCUUGAUGAUGGUGCACUGACAAAAAGAGAAGAAUGGACCUAAUUGUAUUUCACAUUGCUAUGAUAAAACAAUUGAUUUUAGGAGUAAUAUACUUACUAUAUGUGAUAUCCGAGUAA